CAGUGGACGGCUAGAUGUGGGACCCAGUCGAAGGAUAUGGUUCCUUGUAGGGAUGAACGUUGACUUGAAUUUUACAUUCAUGUCACUCGACAACUUGACACGUGAUAUAUGGAAAUACGGUAACGAAAGUUCGGAUGAUGGACUGGGCCCUAAGAGGGGUCCACUUAGCACCGUCAUACCGAUGACUGUUGUUUAUGCUGUAAUUCUUGUUACCGGAACGACUGGAAAUGUGUGUACCUGUAUAGUGAUAGCUCGAAACAAAUAUAUGCAUACGGCAACUAAUUAUUAUCUGUUCAGUUUGGCCAUAUCGGAUUUACUCCUUUUAGUCUUGGGAUUGCCUCAAGAAUUAUAUGAAUUAUGGGUAAGAUAUCCUUAUAUUUUUGGUGAGAGCGUUUGUGUCAUACGUGGUUUGACUUCGGAAACUUCAACAAAUGCAUCAAUUUUGACUAUAACGGCCUUUACUGUCGAAAGAUACGUUGCUAUCUGUCACCCUUUGAGAGCCCAUACCAUGUCCCAUCUACCUAGGGCUAUUCGAACGAUACUAGCUAUCUGGAUGAUAGCGGCUGUAUUCGCUAUGCCCCUAGCUUUACAGUUUGGUAUUGUUUACGGAGAAACAGAAGAGGGUAAAAUAAUUUGGGAGUCAGCCGUCUGUAAUGUCAAAAGACCUUUACCACACGCCUUCGAAAUAUCAACUUUUCUAUUCUUUGUCCUUCCCAUCAGCGUUAUUUCCAUACUGUAUGUAUUUAUAGGACUAAGACUUAGAAUGUCGGGUCCUGGAAGAAGGAAAUGUUCACCAGAAACAACAAAUGGACCAGGACCAGGAAGACAAAAUCUUUCAUCGAGAAGAGCUGUCGUAAAAAUGUUAGUUGCUGUAGUAAUUUCUUUUUUCAUCUGUUGGUCACCAUUUCAUGCCCAACGUCUUCUGGCAAUUUAUGUCACAAAUCCAACUCCACUUGCAGUGACAACAUACACCAUCCUCACAUAUAUUUCUGGUGUGACCUAUUAUCUGAGUUCUACCAUCAAUCCUAUUCUAUAUCAAUUGCUGUCACUGAAAUUCCGCCAAGCCUUCAAAGAUACUUUUGGAUCGUGCUGCUUUUCUGAAAAAAACAGUAAUAUACCCGAAUUGACGUAUACAAGCACUUGUGGAAAUCAUAUUGAUUGUUCUGUUAAAUCGAGCAGACAUCGUCUCAGUUCCAGUUUCCAACAACUACCAUCAUUUUCGACUCAUAUUCAAUCGUCGAAUCUUCAGAAUGAAAAGAAAAACUUGUCAGCAUCUUGUGCCAAUGUUUGUAUCCAGGAGAAUGUACCCGAAAAAGUGUCUCUUUUAGGAACUCAUCUUACAGUUUCGAAUGUGUAAAAUCAACUCAGGACUAUUUUCUGGCCUUUCUUCAAUGUGUCUCUUCUAUAUUUACAUUUCGUUAGUAUUUCUAUUUUAA